GAAAACAUCGGUUUUUCGGUUUUAACUACCGGUUAUUGACAUCCCUAAAUCCCACCAUUAUAUUUUAUAUAUCAUCGUAGUUCUCGACUCAUCGUCGGUGCCUUGCUUUUGCUGACACUCCCAAUUUCCAUUAUUUUGAGGUUGUCGUGUCCAGUGACCGGUAUUGUGGUAUCGCAGCUGUGGUAUCGCGUCUUGUGUAUGCCGAAAAAGAACUUACUUAAUACAACAUGAGGAUCCUACAAGCAGGCAGGAACGUAAUUUCCAAAGUUUGCAAACUGCAAAAAAGUAACAAUUUUGCUAGUUUGGCUGAAGUUAAACCUGAUCCAUCGCCGAAUAUACUUUAUUCUGGGAUUUUCAUCAAUAAUGAAUGGCACAAAUCCAAAUCUGGCCAGACUUUCCCGACAAUCAACCCUACUACUGGACAGGUAAUCACAGAAGUUCAACGAGGAGGAAAAGAAGAUGUCGAUAAAGCUGUUAACGCGGCCAAUGAAGCUUUCCGUUUUGGAUCAGAAUGGAGGACCAUGGACGCUUCGGACAGAGGAAGAUUGUUGUACAAGUUAGCUGAUUUGAUUGAAAGAGAUGCCAGUUACAUAGCUAGUCUUGAAACACUUGACAAUGGCAAACCAUUCACCCACUCCUAUCCGGUGGAUGUAGCAGGAGCGAUCAAAACUUUCCGUUACAUGGCAGGAUGGGCCGAUAAAGACCACGGAAAAACCAUACCAAUUGAUGGAAAUUACCAUGCCUACACUAGACACGAACCGGUAGGAGUUUGUGGUCAAAUUACACCGUGGAACUUCCCAUUGUUGAUGGCUGCGUGGAAGUUGGCUCCUGCUUUAGCUAUGGGUAACACUGUAAUUUUGAAACCAGCAGAACAGACACCGCUGACGUCCCUUUACAUAGCUGAACUUAGCAAAGAAGCUGGAUUCCCUGCCGGAGUUAUCAAUGUUGUACCUGGUUAUGGAGAUGCUGGAGCAGCUAUUGUUGCCAACACUAAUGUGGACAAAAUUGCCUUCACAGGAUCCACCGAAGUCGGAAAACUCAUCCAACAAAACUCGGGAGUAGGCAACUUGAAACGUGUCACUCUAGAAUUGGGAGGAAAAAGUCCAAACAUUAUUUUGGCCGAUGUUGAUAUUGAAAAAGCUGUUGAAGCUGCACACCAUGCUGUGCACUUCAAUCAAGGUCAAGUAUGUUGCGCUGGAUCCCGUACAUUUAUCCAUGAAGACAUUUAUGACGAAUUCGUCGAACGUUCUGUUGAAAGAGCUAGAAAACGAGUCGUUGGUGAUCCUUUCCAUCCUGCAACUGAACAAGGACCUCAAAUUGAUGAAGAACAAUUCAAUAAAAUUCUUGGAUUGAUCAAAGAAGGCCAAUCGCAGGGUGCCAAAUUGAUACAUGGAGGUGCAAGGCACGGAGAUGUAGGAUAUUUUGUGCAGCCUACUAUUUUUGCUGAUGUUGAAGACAAUCAUGUGGUUGCCAGAGAAGAAAUUUUCGGUCCAGUACAACAAUUGAUGAAAUUCAAAGAUCUAGAUGAGAUUAUUAAGAGGGCUAACAAUACAAACUAUGGACUGGCUGCUGCUAUUUUCUCCAAGGAUAUUGAUAAAGUCAACUAUAUUAUGCAAGGUCUUAAGGCUGGUACUGUCUGGGUUAAUUGUUACAAUGUUUUCGGAGCACAAACACCUUUUGGAGGAUACAAAGAUUCUGGUUACGGAAGAGAGAACAGCCAGUACGGUAUAAGACAAUAUACUGAAGUUAAAACUGUUGUUACAAAGGUUUUGCAGAAAAGCUCUUAAGCACAAUAGCAUUGUUGCCUAAUAUUUAGGUCUUAAGUUUAAUGUUAAUAUACCUAUAUUUUUUAAAUAUUUUUAUUAUCCACUAAAUAAUAAUGUGAUAUUUCUCUUAA